UGUUCUCGGCAUUACAGGUGGGGUUACGGGUGGGUUCAGGUGAUCGGGUCCUCUCAAUUUCGAGAUCAAUAGCGAACUGUCACUUAGCGGAGGCCCUCCGGGGCUGCUCCGGGUUUACGAUUUGGAAACCAUUGGAGUCACACGCUCGUUCGAAUUCUACAUUCGUCGUUUACAAUUAAAAACUGAACGUGUGCUGCGAAAGCAAAAUUGCUUUUUUCUUAAUUGCAACGACAAAAAUUUCGACAGUUUUCAAGAUGGUUGCGAUCGAGAACCUGUUUUUCUUCAAUGCCGUCCAGCAACUAGCGAGAUGUUUAGCCGCUAUCAAACCCACACCGUGGGAGAAGGUAGCCAAAUUAUACAAAUUAUGUCCGCAAGAUUCGGCUCAGGGUGUAUUCCGUCUGGAUCAGAGAGGACAGGACGCGACCAUUGCGUUGGGAAUUUAUUUUCUAGAAUCCGGUUUGCAGCACAGAGAUCGGAUUUUGCCGUAUCUGCUAAGAUUGUUGCGCGGUCUUCCAAAGGCGGUCUGGCGGGACGAAAUCAAAUGUUCGGUUACCGAGAGAGUUCCCGUUGCGGAACGUUUCAGCUUCUGUCUGAACACAUUGCUGAGCGACGUGGCGGCCAGAUGUGAACCGGCCCGGGAAGAGAUUAUCUCAACCCAGGUUGAGAUACUGGCAAUUUUGACCAAUCUGAUACGCGGAUACAAAGAUCAGAAUAGCAACAGAGGCUUGCAAGCGAAAAUAUCAUUGUGCAAAUGUCUGGUUCCGGUGCUGAUCGGUCUGGCGAGAUCGAUGGGUCGUUUCGCGUACAUGGAUCCGCCGUUGCUCUGUCGAAUUUUUCCACGAAAGGAAACUCCUGCGCCAGCAAACUACUCGGAGAGCCGUUCGAUGUCGGACAGGAAGCAACACAGCUUUUCGAAUUUCAGACCGAUUAUUCCUCGAUCUCUGAGCGGUAACUUUCAUUCGUGCAUCGACACAACCAUAUCCGGCUAUGACAAUUACGAUUAUCAGUGUGGGAAGAGACCGUCGCUGCAGUCAUUUCUGUCGGUGCCGUACGAUCCGACGACGUAUUUCUUCAGCCGCUACGGCUCGAGCUUCAAUCAGUUCACGCAAAUGCGCUGCAACGAGAGUCCCGAAAGACGAGCCGGGAUGCAGUUCACCGUCGUGCAUCUGCAGAGCGUAUUGGCUCUGGCGAAAAAGCUCCUCACCAAGGAGAUUCUGACGUUUCUGGACGAAGAGGCGCAACAGGUCUACAAUUCUGGCCAGGUGCACAUUUAUCCUUAUCGCACGUUCAGCGAGACGAUGAAUCUGGUGAUGGUGGCUCUGUUGCGCGAGCUGCUGCAGCAUCAACGUGACUUGCCGGCCCCGUUCACGAAAGACGUGCAGGAGUUCGUCAAAGGCUUGUUUCUCUCGGGACAAACGGAGUUGCAGUCGCGUCAGCACGACGCGAGCGAGCGCGAGGACAUCGAUACGAAUUUUCGUACUGUGAAUCGGUUCAAGGUGAACGUGAUGGCCAAUUCCGCGUGCGUCGAUCUUCUCGUCUGGGCGAUCGGUGACGAAGCAGGUGCGGAUAGUUUGUGCGGACGGCUCGUGGAGAAGAUCAAUUCGAAUCACGGUCCUAAACUUGUGCUAGCUCACAUGCCGUUGCUGAUGGUUUGUCUCGAAGGCUUGGGGAAAUUGGCACAGAAAUUUCCUAACAUAGCCCACAGCACGUCCAUUUAUUGCUUGCGAGACUUUCUCAUCGCUCCGUCGCCUAUUCUUCUCAAACUGCACCGACAGCAAAGCGAAUGUUCCGUGAAGGAACAUCAGUUUAAGGUGCUAGUUCAAGGAAAAGAAAUAAGCGACACGAAGCAAACGACGUCGUCUGUACAAACGGCGUUUGAGAAGCUUCGCGACGCGGCCAUCAGCAAUCUCUGCGUCGCUCUAGAAGCCGCGCACUCAGUGAAUCCCGACUGCGUCCUAGCGCUUGUUGCCAGUGUUUCGAACAGAUUGUACACCGCGGACAUAUGCGACGGCGAAAGCGAUGAAAGACUGAAGAACGAGGUGAUCUCAAAGAACAUUGUGAUCAUGUUGGGCCACGUGGCCGUGGCGUUGAAGGACAUCCCGAAGACAAUGAGCACAAUCUUUCCGUUCUUUCAGCAGAUCUUUUGUCGCACCCCCAGCGAUCUUGACUUCCUCAUAGUGGAUCAAUUGGGUUGCAUGAUUAUUGCCAAAUGCGAACCAAAGAUUUACGAAGGUAUAAUGCAGAUGUUCUCCAUGUCUUUGGGCUCGAGCACGGCGACAUAUGCCGCGAACGACGAUCGCAAACAGUACUGUCACGUUUCUAAGGCGGUUACUAACGCGCUGGCGAACAUAGCGGCAAACUUGCACGGCGAAUCGGAAUUAAACGACCUGCUGUUACACCUUCUGGAACUUUUCGUGCAGUUGGGGCUCGAAGGUAAACGCGCGAGCGACAAAAUGCCGAACAGCAUUGCUGCGACGAAAGCAGCUAGCAGCGCCGGAAACUUGGGCGUGCUCAUUCCCGUGAUCGCGAUAUUGGUUCGACGUUUACCGCCAAUCAGACAUCCGCAGAAACGACUGCUGAAACUCUUCAAAGACUUCUGGUUGUACUGCGUCAUAAUGGGAUUUGCCGCUGAUCAUCCCUCACGCUUGUGGCCGUCCGAAUGGUACGAGGGGGUUAGAGAAAUCGCGGUCAAAUCACCCUAUCUUAUUUCGCAGACCAGCGCCCGUCUCGAGAUGCGAGAGCUGCAGUACACGUCGGCAGUGCGAAACGACAGCGUCUCGUUGAACGAGCUCCAAGAGCUACGGAGUCAAGUGCUGAAGAUAAGCACCCGUACAAAUGACAUAUCAGCGUACGUAACUAAACUGCAGUUCGCGCAGUGCACGUACUUAUUAUCCGUUUACUGGUCGGAAACUUUGCGCGUGGCCAACAGUCCUGAACCGAGUCUGCAGCCGAUAAUGGAGUAUCUCUGCGACACCGAUUUGCAAAAGGACAAGAGCGGCAUGUGGCAGUGCAUAUGCUGCGUGGCGGAUUCGGUUUUCGCUAAGUUCAAGGACGUGAUGCAGCGUAAACCGAAAGACGAGCGACGUGAAAAGGAACUCGAGAAUCACGCGCAAUUUCUUUUGGUGCACUUCAAUCACGUGCACAAACAGAUCAGACGAGUGGCGGACAAAUAUCUAAGUGCUUUGGUGGAUGCUUUCCCGCAUCUGUUGUGGAACUGUAAAGUUUUAUGGAGCAUGUUGGAUAUAUUGCAGAUUUUAUCGUAUUCGUUGCAACUUGACCCGAACGAGGAAACUCCAAGUCUAAGAAUACCUAGCACACCGUAUAGCAUCGAGUUGAUGAACACUAUUGAGGCAAGAGAGAUUAUCGUGAAGGAUUUUACCGCGAGAUGCAAAGGUAUAGUGCAGGAGGCUAUGAAGUGGGCUCCGCAGGCCACUAGAUCGCACUUGCAAGAAUACAUCAAUCAGAUACCGUCAUCCGGCAUGCGGCAUUAUUCCGGUUUGUCUCUCGCCAUUGAUUCAGUCCUCGAAUUCGUGGACACCACAAUUCCCACGGUAGUUCCGACAAAUACAAAUUCGUUGGAUAGAAGACCACGUGGUCCGAAAGGCGCGAGUUCAUGGCUACUCUCGAUGAUGUCCACGAGAUCGUGGCACGCGGGCGAGGUUGCCGGCAUGCUUGCUCUCGCGCGUACCGAGUCACCGACGUCGGAAAUGACUCUGGAUGAGUGCAGAGACAAAGUCGUCGACAGACUGAUCGCGGCGGUACGUCGCGCCUGUCAGGAACGCGACGAUAUCGCUUAUCGCGGCGCUCUGUGGCGAGUUACAGCUCUUUUAAUAUCUAUGUCUGGAAUAAACAGACGAUUGUUGCAUACAGUUGCGUGCUCGCAAAUAGAACUUUUUACGACCGCGGCCAUGACGACGGCAGUCGAAUGCUGGCAGUGGAUCCUGACCGUGCGUCCUGAUCUGAAGUUGCGAUUUCUGCAAGAGAUGUUGCUCGCCUGGCAGUACACCGUCGACAAAAGAAUGGGACUGUUCACGCCCAACGAAGAGGAAGUCAGUCCACUCGCGGUCUACGAAGGCUGCAAACUCGGACCGAAUCCACCGCACGUGAAGCCGCACGAUAUCUGGGUGACUUUUAUAGUAGAGCUUGUCGAGACGGCCAAAUACUGCUGUCAGGAGACGGUCGAUAUGAUCGCCAUGCUGCUACAUCGCUCGUUGUCGAUGAACGUUGGCUCGUCUGGCGAAGAACCUGGCAUUAACCGACACGUUGCCGCCGUGGGCGUGCGUUUCAAACUUCUCUCGUGCGGUCUGGUGCUACUACAAGGUGACGUUUUACCGAGCAGGACUUUGAGCAAAAAUGUCCUGCGAGAACGCAUCUAUUCUAACUGCUUGGAUUACUUCUGUCGAGAACGUCAAUUGCCGACUCAAGAGAUCGAUCAGCUUAGCGAAGACGUAGUUACAUUGAUUCGCUUCUGGCAGGUGAUGCAUAGUGAUAAAAAAUACUUAAUGAUGACGGGAGUCGAUAACGAAUUUGAGAUAGUGCCAUCUCAAACCAGCACGACCGCGAUGAUCGUUCCAAGCGAGACAAUCAGUUCUUUAGCUCCCACACCAAACGACUUCUCCAAGUCGUCCAGCAACGUGUGGAUAAACACCAUGCCGAUGUCGACUAGUAGCAAUACAUUGGGCAAGCGCAGCAAUCGCAGCAAGCGAGUUGUGAACGCCAACAUUCUCGUGAAAGAUUACAUCAAGAAGCGAAAUUUAAUUCUUGAGUUGUUAGCGGUUGAAAUUGAGAUGUUGUUGGUCUGGCGAAAUCCUAGCGCAAAAGCGGAACUUGCAGUGCAAGGAGAAGGGAGUAUCGCAGAUUGGCGUGCCAAAGGGAUGAACGAUCGUUGGCGCGAGUAUACACGUCUCGCGUGGGAAAUCAGUCCAAUCUUGGCAAUAUUCUUGCCGGUACGAUUAAAGAAUCACGAAGUCAUCAUCAAGGAGAUCUGCGGUUUGGUGCGUCUUAAACCCGUGCCGGUCAUGCACGUGUCGGAAGCACUACAGUAUCUUGUCACGACAGACACGCUACUCAACGAUGUACCUGAAUUAGUUUAUAUGUUAACAUGGGCAAGAGUGUCUCCGAUUCAAGCACUGGCGUACUUCUCGCGACAAUUCCCGCAUCAUCCAAUCUCGGCGCAAUACGCGGUACAAGUGCUGGAUAGUUAUCCAGCCGAAGCUGUGCUCUGCUACAUACCUCAGUUAGUGCAGGCAGUUCGUCACGAUGCAAUGGGCUACGUAAUCGAAUUUAUCAAAAAGAUCGCCAAACGAUCACAGGUCGUGGCCCAUCAGCUAAUCUGGAACAUGCACACCAACAUGUACAUGGACGAAGACAAGCAGAUGAAAGAUCUGGUGUUGUACGACGUUCUAGAUUCGUUGACGAAAAACAUAUUGAACACGUUGUCCGGACCUGCAAAACAAUUCUACGAAAGAGAAUUCGAUUUCUUCGAGAAGAUUACCAGUAUCUCGGGCGAAAUUCGACCGUAUCCAAAGGGACCAGAACGCAAAGCCGCGUGUCUAGAAGCUCUGGCUAAGGUCAAAGUACAACCUGGUUGCUAUCUACCGUCGAAUCCUGAAGCAAUGGUUCUUGAUAUUGAUUACAAAAGUGGUACUCCGAUGCAGAGCGCUGCCAAGGCGCCGUUUUUAGCGCGUUUCAAAGUGCAAAGAUACGGUAUCAACGAGCUCGAGAACAUCGCAUUAGCGGUUUCGACCAGCGGGAAAAUUGAAACCAAAAAAGAAUCGGAAGAACAGACAGUGUGGCAAGCCGCCAUCUUUAAAGUAGGCGACGACGUCAGACAGGAUAUGCUGGCCCUGCAAGUAAUUAGUAUUUUUAAGAACGUCUUCCAGAAAGUUGGGCUGAAUCUCUUCCUGUUUCCCUACAGAGUGGUUGCUACAGCUCCUGGGUGUGGUGUGAUAGAAUGUGUGCCGAACGCGACGUCGAGAGACCAGCUUGGUCGUACGACAGACAGCGACAUGUAUCAAUACUUCAUUACGCAACACGGUGAUGACACAACCAAGGAGUUUCAGAACGUCCGUCGUAAUUUUGUCAAGUCGAUGGCGGCGUACAGCGUGAUCACGUAUCUCCUGCAGAUCAAAGACCGUCACAACGGUAAUAUCAUGAUAGACACUCAAGGUCACAUUAUACAUAUCGACUUCGGCUUCAUGUUCGAGAGCUCGCCCGGCGGGAAUCUGGGUUUCGAGCCCGACAUCAAGCUCACCGAUGAAAUGGUGCUGGUGAUGGGCGGCAAGAUGGAGGCCGCACCGUUCCGCUGGUUUAUGGAACUGUGCGUGCAAGCUUUCCUCGCAGUCAGACCUUAUCAAGAAGCUAUCAUCUCCCUCGUCUCUCUCAUGCUCGACACAGGAUUACCGUGUUUCCGUGGGCAGACCAUUAAACUUUUGCGCAGUCGGUUUGUGCCUACCGCCACUGAUCGGGAAGCAGCGACUUUUAUGAUGAACGUAAUACGUAGUAGCUACCUCAACUUCCGUACAAAAACUUACGACAUGAUACAGUAUUAUCAGAAUCAAAUCCCCUAUUGAAUUGUUAAAACCAGAAAGUUUACAUAUUUACACACACAUACACACACACACACUCCUAUUUGUCCUCCUUUCCUCGUCUCUUUCCUUUUCCUCUCCUCUUACCCUUCUUGUCAUUGUCGGCGAUGCUUCGUGCUCGCUACAACUGUUGUUAUAGGUAGACUAGGAUGUUGCAUUAUUAGAAAAAAUGUAAUUGUUGACUUUGUGAAACUAUGUACAAAUGUAUCGGUGUCAAGAUUAUUUUUUUAGUUUCACGAGUUUCUCUCGCGAAAAAAAUGUCUUUGCUCUUUCAUGUAUGGUAUAUGUGUAAUAAUUUUAUACAUGUGUGUAUAUAUAUAUAUAUAUAUAUUUAUGUAUAUAUGAAAUAGUCUAUACACAUGUGGUAUACACGUCUGCCUUACGCAGCACGUCUGCAUAUGAAUUUACAUUCCUGUCUAUGAAUAAUGAAUACACUCUGUUAAAUGGUUAAAGAUUAAAUAAUAUAUAUUACUUCAA